UAGAUAUUAUGAACAAUCCAGAACCCCCUAAACCCUCCUCCCAGUCCCCAUUUCAUCGGCAGCGUGCAUAAUCGAUCCAGUUAAUUCAUAUCAGAAACAAACAUGUCUCUUCGAGUAUUGAACCCUAAUGCCGAAGUGUUGAACAAAUCGGCUGCACUUCAUAUGAAUAUUAAUGCUGCCAAGGGCUUACAAGAUGUUUUGAAGAGCAAUCUCGGCCCUAAAGGCACUAUUAAGAUGCUUGUUGGUGGAGCUGGAGAUAUUAAGUUGACUAAGGAUGGUAACACUUUGUUGAAAGAGAUGCAAAUUCAAAAUCCGACUGCAAUUAUGAUUGCAAGGACAGCUGUUGCACAAGAUGAUAUAAGUGGAGAUGGGACAACAUCUACAGUCAUCUUCAUUGGUGAGCUUAUGAAACAGUCGGAACGCUAUAUUGAUGAAGGGAUGCAUCCACGCGUUCUGGUCGACGGUUUCGAAAUUGCCAAAAGAGCAACGUUGCAAUUUCUUGAAAAAUUCAAAACUCCAGUUGUGAUGGGUGAAGAGCCAGACAAAGAGAUACUUAAGAUGGUUGCAAGGACAACGUUAAGAACAAAAUUGUAUGAAGCGUUGGCAGAUCAAUUAACUGACAUAGUUGUAAAUGCGGUACUUUGUGUCCGCAAGCCAGAAGAACCCAUUGAUCUUUUUAUGGUUGAGAUUAUGCACAUGCGUCAUAAGUUCGAUGUAGAUACACGUCUGGUUGAAGGUCUUGUUCUUGACCAUGGGUCCCGGCAUCCGGAUAUGAAGAGACACGCAGAAAAUUGCUACAUUUUAACAUGUAAUGUUUCAUUGGAGUAUGAAAAAAGUGAAAUAAAUGCUGGAUUUUUCUAUUCAAAUGCGGAGCAAAGAGAAGCGAUGGUGGCUGCAGAGAGGCGUUCAGUUGACGAAAGAGUGAAAAAGAUAAUCGAACUAAAAAAUAAGGUUUGCAAUGGAACUGAUAAUAACUUUGUGGUUAUAAAUCAGAAAGGAAUCGAUCCUCCAUCGUUGGAUCUUCUUGCUAGGGCAGGGAUAGUGGCUCUGCGAAGAGCCAAACGGAGAAAUAUGGAGCGACUGGUGUUGGCGUGUGGCGGGGAGGCGGUCAACUCUGUGGAUGACUUGACUCCCGAUUGCCUUGGAUGGGCAGGACUUGUUUACGAGCAUGUUCUUGGUGAAGAAAAGUAUACUUUUGUUGAAAAAGUAAAGCAUCCUCACUCUUGUACGAUUCUAAUUAAAGGACCAAAUGACCACACGAUUGCGCAAAUUAAGGAUGCCGUUAGAGACGGCCUGCGAUCUGUUAAAAACACUAUCGAGGAUGAAGCAGUUGUGUUGGGUGCUGGGGCGUUUGAGGUAGCUGCUCGCCAGCACUUGGUCAAUGAAGUCAAGAAAUCGGUUAAAGGGCGUGCUCAGCUCGGUAUUCAAGCCUUUGCUGAUGCUCUUCUUAUCGUGCCCAAGACACUUGCUGAAAACUCUGGACUCGACACUCAAGACGUCAUAAUUUCAUUAACCGGAGAGCAUGACAAUGGUAACGUUGUGGGGCUAAAUCAGCACACAGGGGAGCCAAUUGACCCGCAAAUGGAGGGUAUUUUUGACAAUUAUGCAGUCAAGCGCCAAAUUAUAAACUCCGGGCCGGUGAUUGCGUCCCAGCUGCUACUUGUGGAUGAAGUAAUUCGUGCUGGUCGGAACAUGAGAAAGCCAACAUAAGCUACUUGUUUGUGUCGUUCAGCCUACACUUUGAUUGAAUUGUUUUUUUUUUUUUUUUUUUUUUUUUAUUUCAGAUGUUGACACGUUGAAGUGUUAGCAUUUGAACUUUUGUUACACUGAAACCUUAAAAUACUUGAAUGAGAUAAUUGUCUUGGUACAUUUUAUCUUUCGAGAAGUAAAACCCUAAGGGCCUGUUUGGUUUGUAGA